AUGAAACAGGUUGCUGUAAUUGCAUUUGCAUUAAUAGUAACGCUCGCUGUUGCCGAAAAAUACGCCAUGGUGUUCGGUACUGCAAAUGGCUGGGAUAACUAUUCAAUCUCCAGCGAUCCAUGUCGUGUGUAUACAGAUCUUAUUCGCGCUGGAAUAAAGCCUGAAAACAUUAUUAUGAUGGUAUAUUACACGGUCUUGACCUCUUCCUUCAAUCCAUAUCCUGGAAAGAUUUUCACUGAUCCCUCAGACAAUUUGGAUGGAGAUUGGGCUCGCUAUGGCUGCUUCGACCAUGUUGAUUACACAAACCAGCAUAUCAACAAAAAAGUGUUCUUGGGUAUACUUACAGGAGACAUUGAAACUGUGAUGAACGAAACGAAAAUGGAAAACCCAAAGGUAUUAAACGCUGGCCCAGAGGAUACAGUGUUUACCUACUUCAUCGAUCAUGGGAGUGAUGAGAAGAUUGUUGUUGGUCUCGAUCGUGUGACUGCCAAAUCCUUCUUGGAAGCUCUUGAAACAGCCUAUGAGAAGAAAAUAUACGGAAAGUGGGUGUGGUUCAUGGAGGCUUGCCAUUCAGGCUCGAUGUGGAAAAACUUGUCCCCAAAAAUGAAUAUCUAUGUCAUGACUUCUUCUGACUCUGACCACGACGCAAAAAUGACUCACUGCCCUCCUGAUGAUGUUGUGGCGAAAAAAAGUCUGGGUACCUGUUUGGGUGGUUUGUGGGAUAAUCUCUUUUUGGACUAUCUCGAGCAGAAUCCGGAAUGCACAUUCGGCGCAAUUGCUGAUGCUGUAAAAACGUCAGUAUCAAAGACAUCGGAUCAAAAUGUGUCAGAGUUCGGCGAUUUCUCUUUCCGCGAUUACAAGGUAGCUGAGUUCUUCGGCUUGUUGCCUUCCAAUCAUUUGCGAUCUGUGACGAAUGGAAACAAAUAUUCUGUGAAUGUGGCUGUACCGGAUGUUCCAGCUCAUUUAGCGAAAUGGGCUGCUAUUCGUGCACAAAGUCACGAUACCAAAGCCUUGGAAGAAUACCAGAGAGAAGUGGUAGCGCAAGCAAAGCAGGAAGUGGAAGUGAUGCGACUAGGGCGUUUAUUGAUGAAUGAAAAAGCGGUUCAUAGUGCUCUGGAUACUCGUGUAGAGGCAUUCGAUGUUGAUUGUGUUAAGGAGCUCUCACUGAAAUUGGUCGAGAGAUGUGGACAGAGAAUGCCACUCCAGGCGAAACAGAACAAUGUACUACGUAACAUCUGCUUACCUGGAGUUAACCUUCCAGUAAUUGACUGGGAAGAUAUUUGUAUGUAA